AUGGACUAUUCCAAGGUGCCCAUGGCAAAGCCCAUCUCUGCAAAGAAGGCCGCCGCAUACAAGAAGAUAUUCGAUGAUCCCCAAAAGAUAAAGGAGAUCUUCGAACAAGCUGAGGCAUCCAGUCGUUGGGCUGAAGCACUCAGAAAGAAUGAGCACGCAUCCCAAUGCACCAAGGCAGAUGGAAAUAUUGACGAAGAGGAUAAUGAUAAAGAUGAUGAAGAAGAAGAAGAAUUGGUGGCUUCGAAGCAAGAGAAGAAGAUAGAGAAGUUUGGGGUUGGAGAUGGAGAUGGAAGUUCAAAUUUGCUGGUAUUGGGAAAGGAAGAGGAGGAAUUGGUGCUUCCGACCAAGGGUACCACAACCAAAAGCAUUCCGACUACCGAGUCCGAAAUAACCAGCCAUAAAGCAACAUGA